GCAUCUUUUUCAAUGCAAAGAAGGGGACUGCGGAGAAGCACACAAAGGGGAAGCUGCGAGCUGUCAUUUACUACCUGCAGGGGUUACAUAUUACCUACAGGGGCCACACACUGCUGCAGGGAUUACAUAUUACAUACAGGGGCCACACACUGCUGCAGGGGGUUACAUAUUACAUACAGGGGCCACACACUGCUGCAGGGGGUUACAUAUUACAUACAGGGGCCACACACUGCUGCAGGGGUUACAUAUUACAUACAGGGGCCACACACUGCUGCAUUGAACACACUGACACUGUAACACACAUAUACACUGCUGCAGGGGCCACACACUGACACAUAUAAUACACACACACACCCACUUCCAACCUCAGUGACAGGCAGUUUGCAUUCAAGGGGCACACACACUGCCACGGAGACAACUACCAGCUCACACCCACAUUUCUACCCUGAUACCCUCCGGCACUACCCCCUCUCCCAGUCCUCUGUUGCCCAACACAAAGAACAAUACAGCCCCAUGUCCAUCAUCCUGAGGAGCACACACUUUAACCUAUACACAAAGACUCCACUCACUACAACUCCCAUCACCCUCCACAGGGGGACACAGACUCAAGGACCUGCCGCUGGGAAUGGAUAUUUGAUGGUGUAGCUUGAUACUUCCUGGACUAACCAGUGACAGCAUGAAGAGACCCCUGUCUGUGAGGAUGGAUGUGCUUUAUAACUGGGCCACCAGCCACUUCCCCCCUGGCACCCCUAUAAAGCUCUCCACAGAAGAGAAUUCAUGUGAGUACUAGUGGGAUACGUUGCCCUCCAAGGUACGGACUCUGAGCACCAUCAAACAGCUCCCCAGAUCUCUCCUCCAGCAUCUGCCUGUAAAUUCCUCAUGCCCAUCUGCUAUGACAUACAUCCCUACUGCUGAACAUCCCUGGCCCAUUGCUCAGCUCUGCUUCAAACAUGGCUUAAAGGAGCUCUCGUCCUGCAGCAUGGACCCAUUAAAGGGCACAGAUACUCAUAUCAUGGGAGGGGAUUUCCAUCUGCUGCAGACAUGUUACACAGGUAACACAGCAGUAACCAGGCUGUAUCGGAGCCUGGAGAAUCUACACUGGACUUCCAUUUCAGAUGCAGCUGUUUACAGUCAUUUUAGAAGCAGGGACAAUGAUUUUAUUCUGCACUGCAGACAACCCAGGCACACGUCAGGAGGGAGCACAUUAGCUCAAAGCAUGGCAGAGAUAAGUGAAAAUGCCAUGGUGAGAGCUACAGUUCACAAAUACCUGGCUGGGCCUCCAAUCUGCAAAGUGCAACAGUGGCUGUUACCUACGGGAGAUGACAAGGCCUCACCUGAAGGUGCCAAGAGAGAUCUGAAGGAGAAGCUUAGAAAUCACAGCUCCAAAAUGGCAGAACCACACAGGCCAGUGCGACCACUUACUUGCCUAUCUAGUCACACAGAAGAGCAGCGGCCUCUCCAGCUGCACAUAAGCAGUAUCCCCUGUAGCCCGGCACUCACUAACAGCACAAUGCCAGUCACAAGGCAAUGCACAUGUACUUUUCACUACAGACCGAGCCAUGAAUACAUCAAACAAGAGGCCUUCAGAAGGCUUCAACUCCGGAGACAAAACAGCUCUCCCAACCUGACCCUCCAUCAGAGAGAGAAGGAGAACCGGGGAAUGGUGAAGUCAAAGACAUCUGAGUCUUUCAGGGAACAAAAACAGGGUACUGAGAAGGAAUGGGAACCAGCGGUGCAGGAAAGAAAGCACAGCAGGCUGUAUAUACCAACCUUUGAAGAAUUUAAAAAGAUGCACAACAAGGAGAAAUGUCAUCCUUCUGAAACUGAUACUAAGUAUCCUUCAAAUGAAAAGACUAUAGGUGGCUCCCUGCUCAUUAAUGAAGACUCAUCAGUCCAAAGACUGGAUAUCUGGUCAAGAGACACUGAUAUACAGAUACCUUCAGUUUCCCAUAGGAACCAUUGGCCUUGGUUGUACAAGGAUAAGUGUGUCUCUAAGGUUGUGCAAAACUCAAAUAGCUUGUCCACUGGUGACUUCUUUUCUGUGGUUGUACAGAAGUCUGCUGAUUUGUCUACCAGGAACUGUAACCCUUCUGGUUUAACCAAGAGAAAUACUGCCUCAGGAGCUCAAAUUUUUUCUGGCUUCUCAACAGGAAACCAAAUAUUUUCCUCUACUGGGAACCUAGACUCUAUGGUAGCACAAAAAUCUACCAAUUUGUCCCCUGGGGACUUUUAUUCUGUGGUUGUACAAAAGUCUGCUGAUUUGUCCACCAGGAACCAUAUGCAAAACUCCACUGGUUUAUCCACCGGAGGCUUAUCUACUGGUAACCAUUAUGCUAUAGUAGCACAAAAAUCUACUGGACUCUCCUGUGGGAACCUUGACUCUAUGGUAAUGCAUAAAUGUACUGGUUUGUCCUCCAGAAACCAUAUUUCUAAGGAAGUGCAAAGCCCUACUACUUUAUCCAAUGAAGACAUUGACUCUGGAAUGUUGCAAAAUGCUACUGAUAACCUUGACUCUUUUGUGGUAAAAAGUUCACCUUAUUUGUUCACUAUGAACCAUGACUCUGUGGUAGUGCAAAACGCUACUGAUCGAUCCACUGGCAAUGAUGACUCUGUGGUAGGGCAACAUCUUACUGGUUUGUCUUGUGAGAGCUAUGACUCUAUGGUAGUGCAAAACUCUACUGCUCUGUCCACUGGUAAUGAGGACUCUAUGGCAUUGCAAAACCUUACGGGUUUGUCUACUGGAAGCCAUGACUUUGUGGUAAUGCAAAAUUCUACUGAUUUAGCAAUGGGAAACAAUGACAGUGUGGUAGUACAUAACUCAUCUGGUCUGUCCACUGGGAAUCAUGACUCUACUGACUGCAAGACUAAAACGGUCUCUCAUGGUCUCUCCCAUGGACACAGUGACUCAAUCCAAGAAUCAAUGUCUGUGCUUUCUGUAAUGCAUGUAGAUCUUCACCAGUUCAAACUCCCUUCAGGAGGGAGUGGUAAUUCCGGCAGGACCCCACUCAUAGCUCAGGAUGAUUCAUUAGAAGCCAAAGGACACCCAACUACAUACAGCUCUGCAUUCCCAGCUCCCAUUUGUUCCAGCCCCUCUCCAAGGUUUCCUUUGCAGUCUGUGACCCUACCCAGUCAUAAAGGGGAGCUUAUGAGAUGUGAACAUCUUGUGUCCAAUGGCAGUAGCUCUAGUGGAUUCCCCAACAUUGCUGGUCAGUGUGUAACCUCUGAGCCUCCAUCUUGCUGUCCAUCUUUGCUUUUAGAAGCAACUGAUCUAGCUGGGUACAGUGCCAAGCUGCAGAAAAUGAAGGAUGGACUCAUAGGAUCAGCUCUGGACCUCAUAAAGAAAAGUUGUAGUGCUGAAUCUACUGUUGAGUCUCCAACCAAGGUAUCAUGUGACCUGCUGAAAACUGAUCUCACCUCCCCAGAGAAAAGCAAUAGAUCUUCUCCUGGCACCAUGGCAACGCCAAGCUCCGCAACUGUGGGCAGCAAUGAGAUGGGAGUUGACACCAAAAUGAGUCUCUGUGGUUCUACUUGCCGGAGGUCCAGCUCUGAUAUGACUUAUGAAAAUGUAGAAACAGGAAAGACCCCACGUGGGUGCCGCCUGCGUCCACAUUUCAGUGACCCCAUGCCUACUGAUGCAGUGAAGAGGAAGCAGCUGGAGCUGAAAAUUGCAGCAGCCGCUCGGCACCAUGCACAGAGGAGGAGACAAGACAAAGAUAAUGGCCCAGUUCUAAUGAAGGCCAACACUACAACAUCCUGUGUCUCUGAGAAGGAAACCAGUUCAAAUGCUGGACAGCACCACCGAUCCAGACACCGCUGGAGCAACAUCAGCAGCCUGAGUACAGACAGUGGGAUUGUGGGAGUUAAUGAUGAGAAGGAAGAGGGUGAAUUGAGCAUGAGAAGGGCCACAAAACCAGCAGAGGUGGAAAGGGUGGACAGUGGGAUAGGAGAUGCCUUCUCCAGGAGGUGCAGACGUCGAGUAGCAGAAGGCUCAGCUUCAUUGGAGGCAUGGGAGGCCCAUCGCCCUUGUACAGACUGUGGGGAGAGAGACCUGGGAGUGGAUACAGGGUACAGGGGCAAACAGAGGGAAACCUUAUGCACCAAAUGCCUGAUGCACAGGAUGGAGAGGAAAGAGGCCAUUAUGGAGUUUGUGAACACUGAGGCCAGUUAUGGGGAGGACCUGAAGAUCAUUAAAGAGGAGUUUUAUAUCCCCAUGCAGAUUGCAGGGCUCCUCACCAAUGAGCAGCUCUUGGUGAUCUUCACCAAUGUCCAGGAGCUCAUAGGCCUAAACGAAAAGUUCCUGGAGGUUUUGCAGGAGGAGAUCGACCAGGCAUUUGAUCAGGAGGAUGACGACCUUAUAACUGUUUGCCUUGGGGAGGUGUUCCUGGAGUUUGUAAAUAUGCUUCCGGCCUUCCAGACUUACUGCCUCCAGCAUUCGGCCUCAAUCACAUUGCUCAACGCUCUGGAGAAGGAGAAAGAGUUGCUACGGAUAUUUCUGGACGUGUCUCAGAACGACAACACCGCCUUACGGCGGAUGAACCUGCGAUCGUUCCUAAUCGCUCCAUUACAGAGGGUCACGAAGUACCCGCUCCUCCUCAGCCGAAUCCUAAAGAGCACCACCGAAUUCCAUCAAGACCACUGCAGCUUGUGGGAAGCCAAGAGUCGAAUUGAAUCACACCUAGAGCACAUUAACAUGAAGACCAAGCAAGAGGGGAACUCUUGGACAAUACGUUCUUUCCGAAGGGAGAGCAAGAGAACCAGGGAGGUAACCAAAAUCGAGAUGAGAGAGUUAGCCAUCAAGCAGGUGGGUUGGCCAAGAGAGGACACACGCUUUAUAAAAGAAGGGGUGCUACAGCUUGCCCAACCUACUGAUGGUCAGUGGAUCAAGAAAGGUUGCAAAACGCUUAAGUUCCAGAAUAUCCAGGCUCUGCUCAUGGUCAAUAUGAGGAGGGUGUCAGUGUCAGAAUCAAGUCUGGAAGCCAGCACCACUGAGAACCCAACUGUUAGGGACGCAGUGCUGGUUGUGAUCAAAGAUAAGAGUAACGGGAAGUUUGUGUUUUUCCGGGAGCCUCUGAAACUCAGCAACUGUGUGGUGUCAAUCGACCCUGACUGUGAUGAUACCUUUGAACUGCUGGAGAUCCGACGAGAAGGAUUAGUCCUCCGGGACAGAGACAUCACCCGGACUCAUCACUGGUACCAGCAGCUCAAGAUCUACUCCGGGUGGUUGGGAACAUGGAAGAGACGUCGUAACGCACUGCCCAACAUUAUGAUAAGUACCACACAAUGCAGGUCGUGAACCCAUUGGUGGUUCCUCUGCUAAAAUCCCUGAUGGGGCUGAACUCCUCCAUGGGCUGAUCCUGGAAAAAUAACAGAGAUCUGGUUGUUUCUACUUUCUGUCAGAUCUAGUUUUAGUUCUGUCACAUUCCAGCAGAAGCCACAGCACGGCACAUUCAUGGUUUCCAAAGGGGAAAAACAGCCACAAGAUUAUGCUAUUAUCAGUUAAAAGAACAAAUCUAAUUGGGUUAUGCUGAGCAAAUUUGCACAUAAACUAUUGGAUCAGAUGCAAGCACUUGGGUGAGGGAUCCAGUAUGGGUUGGUUACAUAAAAUGAUUCAACAGAGUAAGGAGUUUUUGCUUUGCUGAGAUAUAUAAAGGUACGACUAUAACCUCUGGGUGAUAUUGUCACAUAGGGAAUCACUGUUCAAGGGGAACUGCAAUCAUUCAUUAUCUCAUGUAAAACCCAUUGAUUAUAUAAACUAAAAUGAUUCAUGUUUACAGUAAUUAUAUAAAUUAAUUAGCAGCCCCCAGUGUAGCCAAUCAGUGCAGUGUCUUUCCAGAUGACUCCAAGAGUCACAUGCGGAGCCCUAUUUUUAAUAUAAUAAGGGGAUGGGGCAGGCAUAUUAAGAAUAGGGCUCUGCAUGAUUCAGAGCAAUGUUACAGUCAGGGUAAAGUGACCACUUCCAGGCAAUUGAGAGUAGUCACGUCUUUGUUCUGGUGAUGUCAUAUCUGAAGAUACACAGCACGCAUUUAAGGGGAGCUCAAGAAAGGAAGCCCUAUCAGAUUGUUAGAUAAGAUUUACUGCACUGACAUGGCUAAGGGAAACCUUGUUUAUUCUAUUGUUUCACGGGUUAUGGCAGAACAUGGAACAGCUAGAUCAAAGGCCUUGGCAGGCAAAAGGUUAAAAAAAACUACAUGACUAGGGGACUGGAGUUUAAAGGCAGAGUGACAAAUUAUGGCAGUUCCCCUUAGAUAUGGAGCAGGGUUUGGGUAAUUAUAAUUACCAUGUGGAUUAUAUUCAUUUAAACCUUGGAAUUAAGUUGCCAUGGAUAGUGCAGAACAGGAUUGUGAGCUCUGUGUGCAGCCUGCUGUGCUGGACUACAAUUCUCAGCAUGUAAUUGAUACACAGCAGAAGAUAAACAUUCUGCAGAUUCCUGGUUUAAGGGUCUGGCCACACGGGCAGAUUUGGGGAGUUUAGUCGCCAGGCUAGUUUCCUUGAAAACGAAAUGCUCUGUGUGCCUGCCCCCAGGCGAUUUUCAUUUUAGCCGGUGGAAGGCAGGGGAAAGCAGAUCGGGGAAAUUAGUUGCAGCAAAGAAGAGGAGAUUUGUCGCCUGGCGACUAAUCUCCCCGAAUCUGCCCAUGUGGCUAGACCCGUAGUGGUUAGCAAUGAUUUUGAGGGUUAAACAUGAUAUGAAGGGAUGAAGUGCAGAGAGGAAAUUGACUCAAACACACAGCAGAUUCUACAUGAAACAUCUCUGGGCUCCGGGGCCCGCGGCUCACAACGUGCCUUUCCUGCUCAAGUGAUGCAACUGCCUGAACUAGUUUUCUUUUUUAAUAAAUUGGAAAUGUCAUUGA